AUGCCGGUUCUGAGAAUUUGGGGUAUAAAAGAGCUGGGAAUCACCAAGAAGAAUCACAUUUGGCAACAAUGCGCUUCUUCUUCGUGCUCUCCGCUCUAUUCCUUCUUGCUUCGGCAACGUCUCUUCGCGAAAAGAGACAGUGCGGUUGCUCAGAUCAGCCGACGUGCUCCUGCCAGCAAUCAACCCCACAACAGUACACCUGCGCUUGCCAGCAACAGGCUCCGACUUCUUCCUGCUCAUGCUCCCAGCAAACAAACAGAUGAGCCGUUCGUUGACAUUGUGAUAUUCAGCAAAAAAUCUGAUUGCGCAAUCAUGCCGGUUUUGAGAGUUUGGGGUAUAAAAGCGGUGGGAAUCAGCAAGAAGAAUCACACAGGACAACAAUGCGAUUCUUCUUCGUGCUCUCCGCUCUAUUCCUUCUUGCUUCGGCAACGUCUCUUCGCGAAAAGAGACAGUGCGGUUGCUCAGAUCAGCCGACGUGCUCCUGCCAGCAAUCAACCCCACAACAGCAACAAUUUCUGUCCGGUGCCAUGUCCCGGCUAUUACGAGCCGAUUCUGCAUGUCAUCGGCGUCAUCUCGACGAUACUCAACGUGUUCGGCAUCUAUUUGACGAUGUACCGAUCGACGCACAAAUCCAAGUAUCGCUUCUGUCAGCUCUACGUGCAAUUGACCGCGUUCUGCACCGAAUUCGAUCUUUCGAUUAUCAAUCCCGCCUAUUUCUAUUUUCCGAUGAUCGGCGGUAUCAAUUGCGGAAUGUUUCGGCAUUUUCAAGUCAAAUAUGAGAUCACCUCGCAUUUUUGUAUAACGAUUUUCGCUUUCAUAUUUUCACUUCAAGUGCCAUCCAUGUUUUGCUGCUUCUUAUACCGUCAUCAAAUCGCUGCAAAAUGCUCACCAUCAGCGAUUAUGACAUUCAAUAAGCAUACUAUUUAUCUAUUACUCGCCAUUUUUCACAUAAUUCCAGUCAUGUUAACGAUUAGUCUUUAUAAAUCGAAAUUGACAAUGGCGGAGAAGAAAGAAUCAAUAAAUUUGAAUUAUCCCGAUUGUUAUCAUGUGCUUCAAGACUUCACAUUCGACAUGUAUGAUCCGAAUAUCAAUGCGAAUUUUCUAAUAUUUGUGUUCCUCGUCUCAUUCCUCAUAUUAAUUUCGAUAAUUUCGUCGAGUUUUAUGACCUGGAGAACCGCGAAUAUUCUGAACAUGUAUCGCGCGAUCAUGUCAACGCGGACCUAUCAAAUGCAGAAGGCGUCGUUGACAGCUCUGACAGCGCAAAUCUCCGCUCCCUCAGUGAUUUUUGGCAUUCCGGUCGCUUCGGUUUAUUCGGUAAUGGCCGGAAAUAGCAGCACGUUCCACGCGUUCGCCGCAACCGCUCCGAUGUUCGUCUCAAUGCACUCGAUGGCGUUCACAUUGUGCCUUAUAUUCACAAAUGCCCAAUUUCGGCGAAUUGUGUUUCAUCGCUUCUACAAGCACUUAAAGUAA